CAUCUACGUUGCAUAUUUUACAUUCAUACCGACCACUCAACAAAAUGUCGUCAAAAUCUGACUCUCGAAAACAACGAAAUUUCGACGAUAAUGACAGGCAUAGUCGAAGUCAUAAACCACGAUCUCGCAGUAGAAGCCCAACAACGAGUCACAGAAAGAAGGAUAAACCACAUCGUUCUGAAAGAUCGGAUGAUGUCCACAGGAGGCCAGAGAGACAGGAUGAUGGUCGCAGGAAACCAGAAAGAGAAGACGAUGUUCGCAGGAAACCAGAAAGGGAGGACAAUAUUCGCAUGAAACCAGAAAGAGAAGACAAUGUUCGCAGGAAACCAGAAAGAGAGGACAAUUUCCGCAGGAAACCAGAAAGAGAGGACAAUGCCCGCAGAAAACCAGAAAGAGAAGAUGGACCACUUCCAGGGAAAGUCAAAUCAGAACCAGCUGAUAAAGGCUACAAAAAAUAUGAGUUUCCAGGGAAAAAGGAGAGAGAAAGAGAGUCAAGGAGUAGGUGGGAUGAAGAUGAUAAGAAGCAAGAGCAGGGCAGGACCCAUGAACAGGGCAGGACCCAUGGAGGGGAUAGGAGAGGCAAUAGGCAGGAACAGCCACAGAUCAGGAUCAAGCAAGAACGUCAGGGAAACGAUGACAGGAGAAGGGAACACAGGGCGCAGGUUGGAGAUGAGAAUCCGUUCCAAACAAACGAUGAAGACGAAGGUGAAGAAAAUGCACCUGCUGCACCAAAAGAGGAGCCUGAUUUUGGUCUGUCAGGGGCCCUCGCAGAAGACACCAACACAUUCCGUGGGGUCGUGAUCAAGUACAAUGAGCCUCCGGAGGCUAGGAAGCCCAAGCUCAGAUGGCGUCUUUACGUGUUCAAAGGAGAUCAAGAGAUGCCCACAUUGUACAUCCAUCGGCAGAGUGCCUACCUCCUGGGUAGAGAGAGGUUAAUAGCAGACCUGCCUAUCGAUCAUCCCUCGUGCUCCAAGCAGCAUGCAGCUAUCCAGUACAGGCUUGUUGAGUAUGCCAAAAGCGAUGGCACGACGGGCAAGAGAGUGAGACCCUACAUCAUUGACCUUGAAUCUGCCAAUGGCACUUUUCUGAACAACAAACAGAUCGAGGCCAAGAGGUACUAUGAGAUGCAAGAAAAGGACGUGCUCAAGUUUGGAUUCAGUUCAAGAGAGUACGUUGUCCUCCAUGAUAAGACAACUGCAGGAGACUUGGAAGAUGAGGGAGAAGUAUAACAAUGUAAAAACUUGUUGAAAAUUGAAAUACUGAACUUGUAUAAGCUAUCUUUUGUCUUACUGUAUUAAAAAGGAAUUGCUAUUCACCUACUUUUGUGAAACAUACCUCACUUUUAUAAGCCACAGAACUUGUUUGAUUUACUCAGUUCACAUGUGUAUUGCUUGGAUGAGUUGCAACAUUUAGAAAAGAAAGAGUCUAAACUCUAAAGCCAGAGAGAGUUUGUCAAAUUUGUGGAAAGAAAGGACCAAAACCUAAACUCCAUGGAAACCUCAAUCAGGGGACAUCACUAAAAAAAUUUACUUUCCGAGUAUAUCUAACUCAGAGAGGAGUGUGAUGUGAACGGUGUCCUGUUAAAUGUUGUGAUAAAGUUUAUUUAUUGGUCAUUCGUAUUUCAGAAGAUUAUUUCUCUUCAGACCGAAUAAAGUCCAUUUUGAUGUCUUAGAUAUCCAUUAUCCAAUGUAAUGACAGGGUUAGUUUCAGUGGUGAGUAACCGUGAGUUGCAGUCUGAAAAUUAAUCUUCUACCUGCAGUUACAUACUGUAUGAACUUCCCUUGUGUCCUCCGACAAGUAGAAUCAAUCAAUUGCAGACACUAUCACAGCCCCUUCUUUUUUUAAACAAUAUUUCCCAAUCAUGGCCCUAGUAUUAUUUAUUCUACAUAUGUAUUUGUUCAUUCAUUGAAGUAGUUGGUACAUGAACCUUCAGGUCGACCGACCAAGUGAUUACAUAUGAUAGUUUUAAAACAUUGGGGUAUUGUUUUACAAAACAGGUUGGCUGAAAAUUCAAUUGCAAUGUGUACUACAAUAUGUAAAUGUAAAACACGUUUCAAUGGUAUGUCUGCAAACUCGUAGUUUAAAUAUGUCUGGGGAGUGUAAGACUAAGAUCGACUUUAAGUUGGACUUAAAAAUAUGGCAAGACAUGCAUGCCACUGGUUGCUCUCACCAUUGGUCUCUUAAUUAUGAUCUUUAGAUAAAUUUGUUUCCUUAAAAGAAGCUGAAUUCUGUAGAUGCGUGACCAUGAUUUGUACGCCCCUUGAGAGACCAUUGCCAGUAAACGGUUAGAGCAAACAGUGGCAUGAAUGGCCUGCCAUAGUUAAGUCCAACUUUAAGUCAAUCUUAGUCUUUGUGAAACACUCCCCCGGACUUUCAAACCCUGGAUAACAGACUAUUCAAGAGAAAAAUUAAUGUUAUUGUAACGUUUUUUUUUUCAAUUGCUAAAAAAUCUGCAAGUUUGGAAAAAUUAAAAAGACCUCUAUUGGGUUCAUUUUUUGUAGAUUUAUUGUUUGUAAAAAAAUUGACUGGCUGGAGUGGGAAGUGUACUGUAGAUACCAAAGAUGUGUCAGAAGUCUGUUUGUUUAUAAGCUUUAAAACAUUUAAAUUACACUAAAGUACCCAUGGCGAAGCUGAGCAUUAUUUUUUGAUGGGCUUUGAAAAUGAAAAUUUUCUUUGUAUUUUGAAAGAGCCCCUAAUUUUCAUGCUGAAACCAGACGAAAAUUAAUUCAGAGCUGUGCUGAAAUGAGUGAUAGGCCAUACAUUUUCUGUUUACUUUGUAAAAGUCCAAGUCAACAUUUCCGCAGCAACAACACAAUUUCCUUCAUUACUUGACUUCAAUUCACCUGUUUUGGAUAUCAAGAACAUUUUAUAGUUUAUCAUUGUACAUGUAAAGUACAUGAAGUACAUUGUUUGUGCUUCAUUUUCGAAAUUUUUCAAUAUAUUGUGUAUUUUUGUAUUUGUGUAAUAAUACUGUACACAGUGUGGUCUGAAUGAAUAAAUGUUCCAUUUUGGAAGUGAA